AUGUCCAAUCAGCAGUAUAGUGAUGGGGCAGUGACCGAGAACAGCGUUGACAAAGGCAAUAAGGAGGAUCCGAUUAGGAGCAUCGAUGAACUGUAUCGGAGCAUUCAACGGGAAAUUCAGUGCCACAAGAAGGAGCAUGAAGAGAUUAGAGCGAAUUUGAGGCGAUUAGUUCAAAACAAUCAUGUGGCCGUCGGUGGUUUGCUGGGGGUCGCCGGAGAUGAGGCAACCGGUGCUGAAAGUGGUGAUGGUUUUGAUUCCGAACAAUACAAACGGAUAUCGAAUGAAGUGAUUAGCAAUUUAAAGAACCAGCUGGAGAUAGUGUGGGAGGAAAAAAAUACCCUGGAAAGCCUCUGGAAGAGCUCUCAGAAGACAAUCCAAAUACUCGAGCUGGAAAUAGGCGAAUAUCGAAGACAGUUGCGACAACCGAGCAGCGUCCGGGACCUCAGACAGCAGUACACGGCCGCUCUGCAGUUGCUGGAGCAAAAUUUGCUCUCGCUACGGACGAAGCUCGCCCAGCGGACGGAGGAAAACAAACGCCUGCAGGUAGCCAGUGCAGCGGAACAGGACCGACUGCGCACCGUGGAGCGGGAUUUGGCCGCCCUGCAAUCGGAACACCAGCAGCUGCAGGCAACCGUGGACGAGCGUCGUACGGCCGAAUCGCGUCUAAGCACCGAUCUGGAGCAAGCCAUGCGGGGGAAAGCCGAACUUGAGGCGCUUCUGGAUCAGGCUAACGCUCUAGCGCGGCAACAUAUGAGCCGGGAGAAUCAGGCCCUGAUCAAAGUGCAGGAAGCCCUGCAGAUUGCCGAUACGGCCAUCGAGGAGAAGAACUCGGUGGCGGCACGGGAGCGGGGCGUCCGGGAGGAGUGCGAUUUUCUCGCAUCCACCAUCGGGCAAGUGAUGGAGCAGGCCGCCCGGAAGGUGGAACACGAAAUGAACGCUCUGAAAGUGGGUUACGAAAAUAGGAUUACCGCCCUGGAGCGGCAGCUAGAGCACUUGAAAGGUUCGCUGGAACAGCAGCAGCAGAGAACCGGCCAAUCGGAAAGCCGGGCCCGGGCGCUCGAGGACAAGUUCAAGAGUCUGAUUGUGACGAACCAGAAUCUCAAUGCGGACCUCCACGCGGCCUCCAAAUUGAUAAUUGAAAUGGAAUUAAAAUUGGAAGCCUUUCAGAAGACGACAACGAAGGAGCGUGAAAUCAGCAAAACUAGCCAAGCCCGGGAACAGGAGCUGAAGCAAUUGCUGGACACGAACGAACAGCUCACGGACCGCUGGAAGAGCGAAAUGCUGACACUGACCGAUGGAUUGCAGCGGAAGCUGGAAGCUCUCCGGCGGGAAAAUUGCAUGCUCAAGGCGGAAAACAAUCAAUUAAGGGAUCAGCUAUUGCGGGCGGUACCGGCGGAUACACCGCCGCCAGAUCCCACCGAGGUGGUCCUGAGGACGGCGACACUACCACCGCAGCUUCUGCCAACUUUCGGCGGUGGGGCCGAUUGA